GCGACACCAGCCACCAGCUCCACCUCCUAUCUUGUCUCUUUCACGCUCCCUCCUCGCUUUACUCUCUCUCUCUCUCGGAAAAGCGAGAACUGCAGGGCCCCCAAAGAGGCCGGAUUCUUGAUGCUUUCUGAACCUUCUUUACUUGUCCUCUAAUGGUCAUCUCCUCCUCCUCCUCCUCACAUAUCCCCUAGCUCCCCUUCCCUCCUCUGCAAGCUUCUCCCUUUCUUCUUAGUUCUUACUCUGUGCGGGGGUGGAGCAAUCAAUGGGGGCCAAGGCAGCGGCCGGGGAAGGAGGGUGCCUGCCGGCGCUUCUGGCCGUCGCGCUCCUGCUCAACUCUUUCUUCGCCUCCGCGAACGCCGCGUCCUCGUACCCUGCAACCAUUGCGAGCAGGUUGGUGUCCACCACGGCGUCGGCGCUGGCGAAGCAGCUGUGGUCGCUCAAAUCGGCCGCCACCAAGACGGCGGUGGCGGCGGCGGGGAGGUCCAUGGUGCGGUACGAGGGCGGGUACGUGGUGGAGACGGUGUUCGACGGCAGCAAGCUGGGGAUCGAGCCGCACGCCGUGGAGGUCACCCCCGGCGGCGAGCUGCUCGUGCUCGACUCCAUCAACAGCAACAUCUACAGGGUCCAGCUGCCGCUGUCCCGAUAUAGCAGGCCAAAGCUUCUUGCUGGUUCACCAGAAGGUUUUUCCGGUCAUGUCGAUGGGAAGCUGCGAGAAACAAGGAUGAACCAUCCUAAGGGAUUCACUGUGGAUGAUAGGGGCAACAUUUAUGUUGCAGAUGCUAUGAACAUGGCAAUAAGAAAGAUCAGUGAUACAGGGGUUACGACCAUUGCUGGGGGAAAAUCAAUUAGAGGGCACAUAGAUGGGCCCAGUGAUGAUGCAAAAUUCUCAACUGAUUUUGAAGUCCGGUACAUCAGCAGUAGCUGCUCCCUCUUGGUCAUUGAUAGAGGAAACCAAGCAAUUCGGGAGAUUCCACUCCACAACGAUGACUGUGCGUAUCAGGACGAAGCUGUUUUCCCUCUAGGAGUUGCAUUGCUUUGCGCUGCUGGUUUCUUUGGUUAUAUGCUUGCAUUGCUCCAACGCUGGUUUUUAGGGAUGGCAUCAACAACAGAUGAACCUCAAACUCCUCCAAGACCCAGCAUUGCAGUUAUCCCUCCAUAUCAGAAGCCUUUAAACCCUUAUGUUCGUCCCCCACUAACCCCGAGGGAAGAUGAAGCUGGGAAACAGGAAACUAAAGAGGGGUUGUUCACCUCAGUCGGGAAACUCAUUGGAGGUGCAAAAUCAUCUGUGGCAGAGAUACUUGGUUCGCCCUUUUCCAAGAAGUGCCUGAGCAGCCAGUACCAUCACCAGCAGCGAAGAGCUAACCCUUGGCCAGUGCAAGAAAGCUAUGCCAUCCCGCAUGAUGAAACGCCUCCAACUUUGGACACAAGAGGACCAACCCCUCAGAAGAAUUAUGCCUUCAUGACAAAGGAGCCUGAAAAGAUCCACCACAUACGCCAUGGGCAGCCUUAUUUCAACCAUUGGGAGGGACACAUCCCUCAGCAACAGCCGGAGCAGCAAAUGUAUCACUACCAGCAGCACCUUCAGCAGCACAGGCAGCACUCUGCAGGCCCGCAAACUUUCUAUGAGCAGAGCUGCGAGGCGACAAACGAGAUAGUCUUUGGCGCUGUCCAGGAAGUGGACAGCAAGCGGCGCAUGGUGGAGAUCAAGGCUGUGAACUACGGAGACACUUUCUACGAGCAGUACGGUAUGAGGUACCGCAACAAUUACAUCGGCUACAGCAGCAGCAACAACAACUAUUGAACAGCCAACCCUUGUUGUGUCCUUUUCCUUUUUUUUUCUUUGUUUCCUAGUAACAUGAUUAGAUUUACCGCUUGUUUUACUAUUUGCAUUCCUCCACAUUGCCUGUAACAAAAAAUAGAAAGUGGAGGAAGUAGAAGUUGCAAUCUCAUGUUUUGACUUGUGCAAUGGAAAACCUGCGUUUUGGAAGUACACGCUGUGUGAAAAUUGAUGGAGACAAGAGAAUUUGGGAAUUCGCCACCUUAAACAGAUGGGCUGUACUUGUAUUUAUAGAU